AACUGAGAUGUGAACUAUUUGAAAAUAAGAUUCUUUUAUGACUUUUAAAGACUAUAGAGGAGGCGUGCAUCCAGUAAAACUGGGAGGGCAAAGAGAAGAGGAGGAGGAGUCAGGAGCAGAGAGAAAAGAGUGAAGCAGAGAGACAGAAAGGCAGAGAGAAGAGGACCGGAGAGAGUGACAAACAGAAGACUACAGACUAUUUUUUAAAGAUGGAUUUAAGUUUGCUCCUAGUUAUGGAGAGGGAACAAGUCCUGGAGGUUCUUCGGAGAGACAAACAGCUGCGUAUCAUUGAGGAGAACAGAGUAAGGAAGAUGAAAUGCGAGCUCCAGGAGCUGCGAAGAAGAGGUGCAAAGAGCUACACAAGACAAUACGGUGAGCGGACGUGCGCGCGCUGUCAGAGGACACUGGGAAAGUUCUGGAACUCUGGCGCAGUGUGCACGGGCUGCAGCCACCGCAUCUGUAGGAGGUGUCGCGUGAGCAAGGGGGCUGCGGACUGGAAGUGCACUGUGUGCCAUGCAUACAGGGAGGUGAAGAUUAGGUCUGGAGAGUGGUUCUUGGAGCAGCAGGCAAACAAAUUUCCUGCCAUCACAGACAAAUAUGAGACAGUUGGGGAGAAACUUUUAAAGACCUAUGGUGUGCUGAGUCAUAUAUCAAUUGUACCUCCCACUCCUACAUCCAAUGUGGAGUAUCCAUUUCUGAGCAGAUCUGGGGAUUUUAAAAGCUCAAAACCCCUCAACAGAUCUUUGGAAAAUCUGAUGUUUUCUGCCACUGGCAACAUUAAAAAGAUCUCCACAUCUCAGAGUGACCUGCUGCGUGUUGAGAACAGCUGGAGAGGUUCAACCAUCAACUGCAGCAGCCAGAAGAGUCUGUCUGACACCGACAUCAACAAAUCCAAACAUCUCUUUAAAGUGCCCAGUCUUCCAAACCUGUUCAAGAAAAGCAAAGACAGUGACCAGGAGAGCUCCUCCACCGGGGCAGAAGAAGAAACUUCCGGUGGUUCUGAGUACUCUGUAGGAAAGAGAAGUAGCUCCAGCAGCAUCAGCACAGACUGCAGCCUCUACGACAUUGUCAGUGUUUCAGGAGAGCUGGAGCUCGCUCUGGCCUACGACAGCAGGUCAUCAUGUCUGGAGAUCACAGUCAGCGCCUGUAGAAAUCUCAUGUGUGGAGAUGUCAAGAGGAAGAAGUGCAACCCAUACGUCAAACUGUACGUGCUGCCAGACAAGACCGGCAAAAUGAAGACAGCAGUCAAGAAAAACACAAUUGAUCCAGUUUUUGAUGAAGUUUUAAAGUGCCACAUAGAGCGCCCCCUGCUGUUUGGAAAGAGACUGCAGGCCACUGUGUGGCAUUCAGGAACCCUGAGGAGGAAAGUAUUUCUGGGUGAGGUCCUGAUCCCGCUGGACGGCUUGCAGUUUGAGGACAAAUCCUCCCAGCACUUCAACUGGUACCCUUUGUGUCCAAAGGCUGAGCAUCCAGAGGGGGGUGCUGUGGAGCAGAGCGGAGGAGAUCUGAUGAUCAGAGGAAAGUUUCCCUCCAACAGUCAUGGUGAGCUCCUGCGGCUCAGCUCACUGAAACGACUGCAAGACAAAGGCACCGCUCACCACAUCAUCUGAUAUACUACUUUCCUGAAUAUAUGUUUAUAUAUGUCUGUAUUUUCACAGGAUAAAAAACAUCUGUAAAACUUCUUUCAUGCUGUAUCAAAGCAGGUUACAACUUAGUUGUGAUGCCGCUAACUGUCAGCUUUAAAAAAAAAAAAAAAAGAAGGAAAAGAAAAGCAUGAAUGUAUUAUUUGUAUAGUUUUUAUGCUUUAUAAUUUAUUUUCUGUCUUAUUUUUUGUAAACUAUUUAUUCUAAUAAUUUCUAAUUCUCAAUGAAAAUUUGUUUUAAUGGACUUUAUAUAUAAACAUGCUUUGUUUUGAUUCAAAGGUACGGUAUGCAGAAUUAUUUGCACUGAAAAGUCUACAUCAGCCUUUUACAAACAUUGCUUUGCUUUGGUUUAAUUUGAGACCGGAAAAUCUUCUGUGGCCUUUGUUCAACCAUAACAUGAGAUUUAUUUAUCUUUCAUAAACAGGGGAAUUCAAUGCAAAUGCUUUGCUUUCAGAUAAAUUAACAUUAUUCAGAAAUUGUUUGUGGAGUCACAAAGCACUCUUUUUAGCCACUGCUAUUUAUUUUGUAAAAAUCAGGCAUCUACAAAGUCACUUUAUUUUUCUUUUCUAAUUUUUUAUUUCUGUUAAUGUUCUUUGCAACCAAGAAUACUCUUUUCAAGUACCAUUAAUGUCUCUGAAGACACUGAUUAAGUGUAAAAUCAGAUGCACCAGUUAAUCCAUCACCCGUUGAAGUGGUUGUAUACAUGAGACAAAAUAAAUGAUUAAAAGGCGAUAUGAGUCAAAACCCC